CUUUUCAGUUAAAGAAGAGGUUUUAGCGCCGGGGUGGAUUGGGCAACCGUGUGUAUUCAUCUUGUCCUCCUGCGUAACAGGAGCAGUACUUAAUACCUCGGGUUUUUAUGCCACGGUGUGGAAAUUUUAAUUUAAAAAAGAUUUAGAAUGGAAGAAUGGACAAAGAUGCACAGAAGAUGGUUAAGAUUUAGAAUAAUAUGUGAGGUUCAUAAUAGCAUGCUGAGAAUGUAAAGUACUUACCAAAGAUGCUGCCUUUCUUACUGAGCUGUGCAACAAGAGCAUACUUCUGCAUUAAGUUGCUGUAUUCAUGAAAUAAAAACUUUGGUGUGUCCUGAAGAAUUAAAUAUUUGGCAGCGCUGACAUGGUAUUUGGAAGGAAAAUGACUCGUUCUCAAGUUGAAAAUCGCUGGUUCCUGGUUUUCUUGAUAAUCUUUCAAGCAAUAUUUAUCUUAAUAUUGUACCGAGGCAGCACUUCAGUUGUGCCUCAGGAUCAUUUAGAUAUACCUAGGCCACUGGACUAUUCAAAAACAGAGGAUGUCUAUACGAAUCUCAGUUUGUACAUUCGUGGCACAGAUAACACCUCUAUGCAAGACUGCACAUCACAGACAUUGAUAAAUGUUGGACCCUUAACCAUCACCUUUGACAUGUUACCCAGUGAAAAAAACAUAAUUGACAAAAAUCCAUAUGUCCAGCUAGGUGGCUGCUAUCGCCCUCAACACUGUGUGGCUCGCUAUGGUACAGCUGUCAUCGUACCAUACAGGAAUCGUGAGAAACAGUUACGCCACUUUCUCUAUUAUCUUCACCCCUUCCUCCAACGUCAGCAGCUGCACUACUGUAUCUACUUGAUUCAUCAGGCUGGCAAUGGUCCAUUUAACCGAGCAAAACUCCUUAAUAUUGGAGUACGUGAGGCUCUGAAAGAUGAAGACUGGGAUUGCUUGCUUCUACACAAUGUGAAUCUCAUUCCAGAGAAUGACUAUAAUUUCUACAUCUGUGAUGGAAAAUACCCCAAACUCAUGGCCUCUGCCAUUGACAAGUUUCUUUACAGUGUGCCCUAUAGGUCUUUUUUUGGUGGUGUAACUGCUUUUAGCCCAGAACAUUACUUGAAGAUAAAUGGGUUUCCAAACACCUACUGGGCCCGUAAUGGUGAAGAUGAUGACAUUGCAGAAAGAAUUCAAAUCGCAGGAAUGAAAAUACAGAGGACCCCUUUUAGUCUUGGACGAUAUAAAUCAGCAGAUGGUAAACAAGUUUCUGGCCCUAGGAAGGAUAUAAAGCCUGCUGAAGUGCACACUAGAAAAACGUGGAAAGAUGAUGGAAUGAAUUCUCUUGACUUCAAACUCUUGGCAAAGGAGAAACAUACUCUGUAUAUGAACAUUACUGUGGAUGUUGGGGCUCCACCAGUGCAGUCUUCUCAGGAUAAAAGAGAAGGGAACAAAACUUGAGUGUUGACAGUAUUUGAAUCGUUUGACAUACUAGUAUCAUUUGAUGACAAAAUAUUGCUAGGGUGGUGGCAAAACAUAGGUGAGCAUCUACUUGAAGAUGUAAUUUUUCUUAUGUGAGCUAUUUAAGCCAUAAAAGAAAACUAUCAAAAAUGAAAACCUUAGUGCUAGGCUGCUUUAAAAAAAAAAAGGCCGUACUUAGUGGUUACAGUCCUCCAGCAAGCACUGGGCUAGCUGGGGGCUGCAGGAAGUGACACUUUGUCACAGAGAAGGAGCAUAAUAUCAAGUGACCACUGUACUCAUGGAAACUAGUAUAUAUAUUAGAGGUGUGAUGAGUUUUUGGACUGCACACCUCUAAUAUAUGUGUAUCUAUCCUGCUGACCGGUAGCUGAAAUCGUGUUUUGCAGUUUCUUUGUUGUCCCAGUGAAUUCCUGGAAAGGAUAUCCAAGCUAUGUCAACCAGACCCAGGCCUGACACAAUUUUCUAUCAUUGGCUUUGACAAGCUAGUAGAGCUUGGUAAGUUUCAGUAGUUUUGGCACAGAGCUUCUCUCCUGCCAUGAUCCACUUGGAUUGUGUUGUAAGUGUUAUAAAGUGCAAUGUCUACUGAAUCCUGCACUCUCUCCACACUGGCAGUUCUUUACAAACAAGUCUUGGUCCCAGCAGAUGUUUUACCAAAAUGGCCAACCAUCAGCACCAGUGGUGUUGGUGAAAACAUCAGAAUCCAGAUUGAGGAAAGCUAUGUCAUGAUAUUUCUUGUUAAACUGAUGUAUUUUGCCACUGCUGUACUCUCUAAGCGGAUUUUGAUAUUUGACCUGUUUCAGGCAUCUCACUAUAGAGUAUUUUUCAUUGGAAAUCCAGUUAUCCUGAGUGGUAUUAAGGCUUUAAUAUUACAGUGUUAAGUGUUACAUGUUUCAAAGUACAGGUAUUGCUUUUGUAAAAGUAUAUUUUCCAUGAACGUAACUAAACUCUUUUGCCUUGUGUAACAGUUCAGAUGAAUGGUUAUCUUUUUAAAAGAAACUUCUCUUUCUAUAACAGUGGGUAAUACUUGUGGAACUUAUUUUCUAUGAAGCUUUAAUUGGUGAUGAUGUUUUUGAUAUACAAAUAUAUACAACACAGCCAAACCAGAUAUAACAGGGUAGCCGUAUUUUUAUGCAUCUACCUUAUUGUAAAGGUAGCUGGUAACAAAUUUAAUUCUAUAUCUGUAUCCCACUCAGAGAACGUGAACUCUUCCCUUCAUGGAUGGAAAGCUGGAAUCCAACCAUUAAAUCCUACUGUAUUGUGCACUGCUUGUUUUAAAUAUCAUUACUGUUUUGCUCACAUACGUAUAAACUUAUUUUUUGCAUCUUU